CCGCCAUGAAGCCGGCGGUGGACGAGAUGUUCCCUGAGGGAGCCGGUCCUUACGUGGAUCUCGAUGAGGCAGGGGGAAGCACGGGGCUGCUGAUGGAUCUGGCCGCCAACGAGAAAGCGGUGCACGCUGAUUUCUUCAAUGAUUUUGAAGACCUCUUUGAUGACGAUGACAUCCAGUGAACUUAGUUGCCCAGCAGUGCUGAGAUGUGGAUUUUUCUCCAGGAUCACCUCUGCAGUCCAUUAUUUAUUAAAUUAAUCAAAAUGGGAAAAUCACAGAGGGAGGGGGAAAAGCCUGGAUAAGCUGCUUGGGGAAUAUGAAAACCAGAUGGUUAAAAAUAACUAAGGUGCACUGUUAUUUCUGGGAACCUGUCUGUAGUUUUUCCUGGAAAAUUUUAUUUGCUGAUGUGCUUAUUG